AUGGGUCUUAACUUGGAGGAGCUUUAUGGCAAAGAUAUAAGUGAAGAACAGGCUCAUGAGUAUUCUCAGUACCAACCCAAAAAGGGUUAUGGCUGGGCCAAUGCUCUCCCAGAGCGGCAAGGUCUGUACGACCCUGAAUAUGAGAAGGAUGCCUGUGGUGUAGGCUUUGCAGCUCACAUCAAGGGAAAACCAAGCCACAAGAUUGUUAGCGAUGCCCGCAAUCUAUUGUGCAACAUGACCCACCGAGGAGCCGUUGGCUCUGAUGCACGCGAUGGUGACGGUGCUGGUGUGAUGACCAGUAUUCCACACAAGUUCUUCAUUAAGAAUUUUGCCCGCGAGGUGGGCGUGGAUCUCCCCCCAUUGGGACAAUAUGCUGUCGGCAACUUGUUCUUCAAGCCCGAUGAGGAGGCCCUCAAGCAAUCCAUAACAAGCUUUGAGGAACUGGCCACGACACUUGGCUUGCGCGUGCUUGGAUGGCGUGAAGUGCCACGGGAUUCAACUAUUCUUGGUCCCGCUGCACUAUCUCGAGAGCCCAUUAUUAUGCAGCCAUUUGUGGUCUUGAAAUCAGCAUAUGGUGAAGGCAACAAGCCGGAGAUCACGGACACGGAAAAGUUCGACGAGAGAACUUUUGAGCUUCAGCUGUACGUUCUACGGAAGCGUGCUACUCAUGUCAUCGGCCUCGGAAACUGGUUCUAUCUCUGCUCUCUCAGCAACCGGAACAUCGUCUACAAGGGUCAACUCUCUCCCGUUCAAGUGUACACGUACUACCAUGAUUUAGUGAACGUAGACUACGAGGGCCACUUUGCCUUGGUGCACUCUCGAUUCUCUACAAACACAUUCCCAUCUUGGGAUCGUGCCCAGCCCCUACGAUGGGCCGCCCACAACGGUGAAAUCAACACCCUACGAGGUAAUAAAAACUGGAUGCGUGCACGAGAGGGUGUCCUGCGGUCCGAGGUCUUCGGUGACGAGCUUGAUAAGCUUUACCCUAUUGUCGAGGAUGGUGGCUCCGACUCAGCUGCAUUUGAUAACGUGCUUGAACUGCUCAUGAUCAAUGGCGUUCUGUCUCUUCCCGAGGCAGUGAUGAUUAUGAUUCCGGAGGCCUGGCAAGACAACCCAGCCAUGGAUCCAGCCAAGUCCGCUUUCUACGAGUGGGCUGCCUGUCAGAUGGAACCUUGGGAUGGCCCAGCUCUUUUCACUUUCUCCGAUGGACGCUACUGCGGUGCUAACCUGGACCGUAACGGCCUCCGUCCCUGCCGUUUCUAUGUAAUGGACGAUGAUCGCAUCGUCUGUGCUUCCGAGGUCGGCGCUAUUGAUAUUGACCCCGAGAGGGUUGUCCAAAAGGGCCGCUUGCAGCCUGGAAAGAUGCUGCUGGUUGAUACCGUCGCUGGUCGGAUCAUUGAUGAUGCCGAGCUCAAGCAGACUGUUGCCCGCCGCCAGGACUUUGCCGGCUGGUUGGACAAGGGGCUUCUGAAGCUCUCUACUAUCAACCAGACGCUACUUGACUCCAACGUUGAUCUUUCUUUUGCCUUGGAUAGUAACACAAUCCAGAAUGACCCUCGCCUCCGCGCAUUCGGGUACUCCUUUGAACAAGUCAGCUUGAUUCUUGGCCCCAUGGCCGCAGACUCCAAGGAAGCUUUGGGCUCUAUGGGUAAUGAUGCACCUCUCGCGUGUAUUGCUCAACAGCCUCGCCUACUCUACGAGUACUUCCGCCAGCUCUUUGCUCAGGUCACCAACCCUCCCAUUGACCCUAUCAGAGAGGCUGUGGUUAUGUCCCUCGAAUGUUACGUCGGCCCCCAGGGAAACCUGCUGGAAAUGGACCCUUCGCAAUGUCACCGUCUGCGUUUGCCUUCUCCCAUCCUGAGCAUUCCCGAGUUCAAUGCUUUGAAGAAUGUCAAUAUAGCCCACAAGGAUUGGACUGUGCGAACCAUCGAUAUCACAUUCGAAAAGAGCAAGGGCACUGCUGGUUAUAUUGAAGCGCUCGAUUCCAUCUGCGAUGGUGCCACUGAAGCUAUUCAGAAUGGCGAUAAGGUCAUCAUUCUCUCCGACCGGGCUACAUCCGCCGACCGUGUUGCAGUCUCUGCCUUGUUGGCCACCGGUCUGGUGCACCACCAUCUCGUCCGAAACAAGUGGAGAUCGCUUGCCGCCCUGGCAGUUGAAACUGCCGAGGCUCGCGAGGUUCACCACCACUGUGUUCUGCUAGGAUAUGGUGCCGAUGCCAUUAACCCUUACCUGGCUCUGGAAUGUAUUCUUAAGAUGAACCGAGAGAAGUUGAUCCGCAAGGACAUCUCCGAUGAGAAGGUUAUUGAGAACUAUCAGUCAUCCUGUGACGGUGGUAUCCUCAAGGUUAUGAGUAAGAUGGGUAUCUCUACUCUCCAGUCCUACAAGGGUGCCCAGAUUUUCGAAGCCCUUGGCAUUGACGACAGCGUUAUUGAUCGCUGCUUCUCUGGUACUGCCAGUCGCAUCCGUGGUAUCACAUUUGAUCUGAUUGCCCAGGAUGCUUUCGCCUUCCACGAGCGCGGUUACCCUUCGCGUCCCAUUGUCGAAGUUCCCGGUCUGCCCGAAUCCGGUGAGUACCACUGGCGUGAUGGAGGAGAGGCCCAUAUCAACGACCCCACCAGCAUUGCCAACGUACAGGAUGCUGUUCGCACCAAAAACGACAAGUCCUACGAGGCCUAUGCAAAGUCUGCACAUGAGCAGAUCAAGAACUGUACUUUGCGUGGCAUGCUGGACUUCGAUUUCGACCAGAGGACCCCUAUUCCCAUUGAUCAGGUUGAGCCUUGGACCGAAAUUGUCCGCCGCUUCGUGACCGGUGCCAUGUCUUAUGGAUCCAUCUCUAUGGAAUCACACUCCACGAUUGCCAUUGCCAUGAACCGCUUGGGCGGCAAGUCCAACACUGGUGAGGGUGGUGAAGAUGCCGAGCGUAGCAAGAGAAUGGAGAACGGCGACACGAUGCGGUCUGCCAUCAAGCAGAUUGCUUCCGGUCGUUUCGGCGUUACGUCCAACUACCUAGCGGACGCCGACGAGCUGCAGAUCAAGAUGGCCCAGGGUGCGAAGCCCGGCGAGGGUGGUGAAUUACCCGGCCACAAGGUCGUCGGUCCCAUUGCUCGCACUCGGUUUUCCACCCCUGGAGUCGGUCUAAUCUCCCCGCCUCCGCACCAUGACAUCUACUCUAUUGAAGAUCUGAAGCAGCUUAUCUAUGAUCUUAAGUGCUCUAAUCCCCGAUCUCGUGUCUCUGUGAAGCUCGUAUCUGAGGUUGGUGUUGGUAUUGUCGCCUCUGGUGUGGCCAAGGCUAAGGCCGAUCACAUCUUGAUCUCUGGCCAUGAUGGUGGCACCGGUGCCUCGCGCUGGACCGGUAUCAAGUAUGCCGGUCUUCCUUGGGAAUUGGGUCUCGCAGAGACCCAUCAAACUCUGGUUUUGAACGAUCUUCGUGGUCGUGUUGUGGUUCAGACUGAUGGCCAAAUUCGUACCGGCCGUGAUCUUGCCAUCGCCUGUCUGCUUGGAGCGGAAGAAUACGGGUUUGCCACGACUCCUUUGAUCGCAUUAGGAUGCAUUAUGAUGAGAAAAUGCCACCUGAAUACCUGUCCUGUUGGUAUUGCGACCCAGGAUCCCGAACUGAGGCAGAAAUUCAAGGGUACACCCGAGCAUGUUAUCAACUUCUUCUACUAUGUCGCCAAUGAGAUGCGUGCUAUCAUGGCUAAGCUGGGUAUUCGUUCGGUCAACGAGAUGGUCGGGCGUGCCGAGCUGCUUAAGAUCCGGGACGAUAUUCGUAAUGUCAAGCAGGAACGAAUUGACCUGUCACUCAUCCUGACCCCCGCUCACUCGCUUCGCCCUGGAGUCGCUACCUACAAUGUUCGCAAGCAGGACCACCGCCUUCACACCCGCUUGGACAAUAAGUUGAUUGCUGAAUCGGAACUCGCUCUUGAGAAGGGUCUACCCUGCCGAAUUGAGUGUGAUAUAGUUAACACCGACCGUGCUCUGGGUGCUACUCUCUCCUAUCAGAUCAGUAGACGUUAUGGCGAAGCUGGUCUUCCUCAGGAUACCAUCCAUGCGAACAUCAAGGGCUCUGCUGGCCAAUCCUUUGGUGCCUUCCUCGCCCCCGGUGUCACCCUUGAGCUUGAGGGUGAUGCCAACGACUAUGUCGGCAAGGGUCUCUCUGGUGGCCGUCUCAUCGUCUACCCCCCGCGAGGAGCCGCUUUCAAGGCCGAAGAAAACGUCAUCGUCGGUAACACUUGUCUUUACGGUGCUACCCGCGGAACUUGCUACUUCCGUGGCAUGGCUGCUGAGCGUUUUGCUGUCCGUAACUCUGGUGCCACUGUUGUCGUCGAGGGUGUCGGUGACCACGGAUGUGAGUACAUGACCGGUGGCCGCGUACUCAACCUCGGACCCACUGGCCGCAACUUCGCCGCUGGUAUGUCUGGUGGUAUUGCCUACGUUCUGGAUAAGAACCAGGACUUCCAUUCCAAGGUCAACUUGGAAAUGGUUGAAAUCUCCAGUAUCGAAGACCCGUCGGAGAUUGCCUUUGUCCGUGGGUUGGUUGAAGAUCAUCACCAUUACACUGGCUCUGAGUUGGCUGCUCGCAUCCUGCUCGACUUCACUCGUGCUCUCCCUCACUUCGUCAAAGUUCUGCCAACUGACUACAAGCGUGUCAUGGAGGAAGAGGCUGCCAAGGCAGAGGCUGCAAAGAAGGCCGAAUUUACUCUUCCUCAGCUUCCUAGCACCCCAGUUAAAACCGAGAAGGUGAAAGUCGAUGAUACCAAGAAGACCGACUUGCUGGAUAUUGAAGACAGCAUCAGCGACUCGAAGACUGAAAAGAAGCGCUCUGCAUUGAUCUUGGACAAAACAAGAGGUUUCAUGAAGUACAGCCGCCGCAGUGAGAAGUAUCGCAACGCGACAACCCGUACUCGCGACUGGGGCGAGAUCUCCCAUCGUCUCAGCGAGGACGAGCUCAAGUACCAGUCUGCCCGUUGUAUGGAUUGUGGUGUUCCAUUCUGUCAGUCCGAUACUGGCUGCCCCAUUUCCAACAUCAUUCCUAAGUGGAACGAGUUGGUUUUCCAGAACCAAUGGCAGGAUGCUUUGAACCGUCUCCUUAUGACCAACAACUUCCCCGAGUUCACCGGUCGUGUCUGUCCUGCGCCUUGCGAAGGAUCCUGUGUUCUAGGAAUUAACGAAGACCCCGUCGGUAUCAAAUCCAUCGAGUGCGCGAUUAUUGAUCGUGGAUUUGAGAUGGGCUGGAUGGUUCCCUGUCCUCCCAAGACCCGCUCUGGCAAGACCAUUGCUAUCAUCGGCUCUGGCCCUGCUGGUUUGGCCGCUGCCGACCAGCUUAACCACGCUGGCCACAGCGUCACUGUCUAUGAGCGUGCCGACCGAAUGGGUGGUCUUCUCAUGUACGGUAUCCCUAACAUGAAGCUCGACAAGAAGGUUGUCCAGCGCCGUAUCGACCUCAUGGCCGCUGAAGGUAUCAAGUUCGUUGCGAACACUGCUGUUGGUCCUGACUGCGAGGUUUCUCUGCAGUCCCUUCGUGCCGCAAAUGAUGCUGUCAUCGUUGCCACUGGUGCCACUGUUGCGCGUGAUCUCAAGGUCACUGGUCGUGAACUGGAUGGCGUGCACUUUGCCAUGCAGUUCUUGCAUAAGAACACCAAGUCCCUCCUCGACUCCGGUCUUUCGGAUGAUGCAUACAUCUCUGCUAAGGACAAGCAUGUUGUCGUCAUUGGUGGUGGUGAUACCGGCAACGAUUGUAUCGGUACAUCUGUCCGCCAUGGUGCCAAGUCGGUGACCAACUUCGAGUUAUUGCCCCAGCCUCCCCCAGAGCGUGCCCGUGACAAUCCCUGGCCUCAGUGGCCCCGUAUCUACCGCGUCGACUAUGGUCACACCGAGGUCAAGACGCACAUGGGCAAGGACCCACGUGAGUACUGUGUCAUGUCGACAGAGUUUGUUGACGAUGGCAACAACCACGUCAAGGGCAUUAACACUGUCCGGGUUGAGUGGACUAAGAGCGCUACUGGCGGCUGGGACAUGAAAACCGUCGAGGGUAGCGAGCAAUUCUUCCCCGCCGACCUUGUCCUCCUCUCUAUGGGAUUCUUGGGACCUGAGGAGCGUGUCUUUGGUGAGGAUAUUGAGCUUGACCCUCGUAAGAACGUUAAGACUCCUCCCGGUCACUACUCUACCAACAUCCCCGGUGUCUAUGCGGCCGGUGACUGUCGCCGUGGACAGUCUUUGAUUGUCUGGGGUAUCAACGAAGGUCGCCAGUGUGCUCGCGAAGUGGAUUCUUUCCUCAGCGGAACCAGCUCCCAACUUCCAGUCACCGGUGGUAUCGUCCGUCGUCCUGCCAUCGACUCCGUUCCCCAACCCACUGAGGUUGCUGCUUAG